AUGAGGAGGGGAAACCAGAGCAGCAUGUCUGAGUUCCUCCUCCUGGGGCUCCCCAUCUGGCCAGAGCAGCAUGCUGUGUUCUUUGCCCUGUUCCUGGUCAUGUACCUGACCACAGUGCUGGAGAACCUGCUCAUCAUCCUGCUCAUCAGACUGGACUCCCGCCUCCACACCCCCAUGUACUUCUUCCUCAGCCACUUGGCUUUCACUGAUGUCUCCUUUUCAUCUGUCACUGUCCCGAAGAUGCUGAAGAAUAUGCAAACUCAGGACCAAUCCAUCCCUUAUGCAGGAUGUAUAAUACAGAUGUAUUUUUUCAUAUUUUUCACUGAUCUCGACAAUUUCCUUCUCACGGCAAUGGCAUACGAUCGAUAUGCAGCCAUCUGUCACCCCCUCCACUACACCAGCAUCAUGAGAGAGGAGUGGUGUAUCCUAUUAGUAACCAUUUCCUGGGUCCUGUCCUGCACUAGUGCCCUGUCUCACACCCUCCCCCUGGCCCAGCUAGUCAACCAAACCAACAGUGUCUCUCAGUUCAUUCUCCUGGGACUUACCUCUCGGGCUGAGGACCAAAGGCCACUCUUCAUUCUCUUCCUCACCAUUUACCUGAUCACCAUAUUAGAGAAACUGCUCAUCAUCCUGGCCAUCCGCUUUGAUGCCCAUCUCCAGAUCUCCAUGUAUUUUUUCUUAAUUUUGUUGUUCUCUGAUAUUUGCUUCACAACAACCAUCAUCCAAAUGCUGGAGAACUUUCUCUCAGAAAGGAAAGUCAUCUCUUAUGCUGGCUGUCUGACACAAAUGUAUUUUAUACAUGCCUUGGGCAACAGUGACAGCUUCCUUCUGGCAGUCAUGGCCUUUGACCGCUAUGUGGCCAUCUGUCACCCCUUCGACUACAUCACCACCAUGAGCCAGUGCUGCUGUGCCCUGCUGGCAGUCUUCUCCUGCACAUUUCCUCACCUCCACUCUCUCCUGCACACACUGCUGCUGAAUCUUCUCAUCUUCUGUGACUCCAACGUUAUCCACCACUUUCUCUGUGACAUCAGUCCCCUGAUGAAAUUGUCCUGCUCCCCCACCUUUGUCAAUGAAAUUGUAAUGAUAACAGAAGGAGCUGUUGUUUUGGAGACCCCCUUCCUAUGCAUCACUUUGUCUUAUAUACAAAUCCUCAUCACAGUUCUCAAGAUUCCCUCUGCUUCUGGGAAGCACAAAGCCUUCUCUACAUGUGGUGUUCAUCUCAUUGUGGUUGUACUCUUUUAUGGCAGCAUCUUCUAUGUGUAUUUGCAUCCCGUGUCCACUUACACUGUCAAGGACCACAUAGCAAUAGUAGUCUACACAGUUUUGUCCUCCACGCUAACUUUUAUCUGCAGUCUGAGAAAUAAAGACCUGAAACAGUGCUUAGGGAAACUCAUGAACAGAUAG